UUGAGAAAAAUAGGUGAAUGCACCCCUGAAAUAAUAAUAAAAAACAAAAACAGAAGGCGACCAUACUUGUUUGUGUUCUACUAAAAACAGAAAGAGGAUGACCACAUUUGGCGGACUUCUCAACGGCAAAAGUAAGAUUUUAAUUUUGGGAAAAUCGAAACUGAUAUAGCAGAGAUUAGGUCACUAUAGUUUGAUUCUGCUUAGAUAAUGAGUCCAAAACCCUCGUUUAGUUUCAUACUUACUCUACUUCGAACUCUUUUCUACUAUCCUUAUAUAUACUUCGGUUAUGGUCCUCUAGAAAAAAAUCCAAUGCUGUAAUAUUAAAUGUAUUUUUACUGUGGUGACUGAUCGGAUCAACCGAUAAGAUAAAUAGUUGUUUUUAUAUCUGUCUAUAUAUAUAUAUAUACUUCUCAACUCCAACACAUUGCUAUAAAGUACAUACAUACAAGUGAUAAAACAGACAAGUCCAGACUAACUCUCAAAGUAUGAUCCCUUACCCAACCGUCCAAGACGCGUCCGUAGCUUUAGGACGGAACCUGACUUGGUUCGAGACGGUUUGGUUCGAUUACUCAGCUACCAAAUCUGAUUUCCAUGUCUAUUGCCACACCAUUUUAGUACUCUUUCUCGUCUUUUCUCUCGCUCCUCUCCCUUUUGUGUUUGUUGAAUUGACUGGCUGGUUCGAGCGGUUCAAGAUUCAGCCGAAGGUGAAGUAUUUGUUGUCUGAUAUGUUUCUGUGUUAUAAAGAGGUUAUGAAGCUGUUCCUUCGUGUAGUCGGCACGUUGCAAUUCGUUACUUAUCCUUCCAUCCAGAUGACUGGGAUUCGAAGUGGAUUGCCAUUACCAUCGCUAAUGGAGAUAGUAGCACAAUUAGUGGUUUACUUCUUGAUAGAAGAUUACACUAACUACUGGAUCCAUAGAUGGUUGCAUUGCAAAUGGGGUUAUGAGAAGAUACAUCGAGUCCAUCACGAGUACACAUCUCCAAUCGGAUAUGCAUCGCCGUAUGCACAUUGGGCCGAGGUCUUGCUUCUUGGGAUCCCGACGUUUCUUGGACCAGCGAUUGCACCUGGCCACAUUAUGACCUUUUGGUUAUGGAUAAGCUUACGUCAAAUGGAGGCCAUAGAAACUCACAGCGGAUAUGAUCUUCCAUGGACUCUGACAAAACUGGUUCCAUUCUAUGGUGGAGCUGAGUAUCAUGAUUAUCAUCACUACGUUGGAGGAAAAAGCCAGAGCAACUUUGCUUCAGUUUUUACUUAUUGCGACUAUAUCUAUGGAACUGACAAAGGCUAUCGAGUCCAUAAGAAGCUUCUUCAGCAGAUUAAGGAGGAAGCCGAUCAGAAGGGAGGAAGGAAAUAUGAUUAGUAAUGAAGCCCUUUUGUCAAAAGAAAUUGAUUAGUAAUAAAUCCGAAGAGGGUUGAAAGUUUCAACCUAUUAUUGAUAAGUUUAAAUAAUUGUAUAUGAUCACAUAUAUAUAGCCAUAUAGGUUUAAGGGGAUUGUGUUGGUGUUAUCUAUAAAUAGGUCUAUGAGAUUAUGUGAGCCUUCACUUCUUCUCAUGAAGAGAGACUUGUCUCUAUUUGGGGUAACAAAUCAGUAAUAUAAAACGAGUAAAUUUCUUAUUA